AUGGCAGAACCAGCAUACACAGUAGCAUCAGACAGCGAAAACACUAACGAGGAGAAAUCAUCAUCAUCUCCUUCGUUACCUGAAAUUGCUGUUGGAAUCGAUAUUGGUACUUCUCAAUGCAGUAUUGCGGUUUGGAAUGGAUCUCAAGUUCACAUCUUGAGGAACACAAGAAACCAGAAACUCAUCAAAUCAUUCGUCACUUUCAAAGACGAAGUCCCUGCAGGCGGUGUAAGCAACCAGCUCGCGCACGAGCAGGAAAUGCUUACCGGAGCAGCUAUCUUCAACAUGAAACGACUCAUCGGCCGUGUAGACACCGAUCCCGUGGUUCACGCAAGCAAAAACCUUCCCUUUCUUGUUCAAACUCUUGACAUUGGAGUCAGACCGUUCAUUGCGGCGUUGGUUAACAAUGCUUGGAGAUCCACAACUCCGGAGGAAGUUUUAGCGAUAUUCCUUGUGGAAUUACGUUUAAUGGCUGAAACGCAGUUGAAGCGGCCUGUGAGAAACGUUGUGCUUACAGUUCCGGUUUCUUUCUCAAGGUUUCAGCUCACGCGGAUUGAACGAGCUUGCGCUAUGGCUGGACUUCAUGUUCUUCGACUAAUGCCUGAACCAACCGCAAUCGCGUUGCUCUAUGCGCAACAGCAGCAGAUGGCUACACAUGAUAAUAUGGGAAGCGGAAACGAGAGGCUUGCGGUUAUAUUCAACAUGGGUGCUGGUUACUGCGAUGUUGCUGUUACUGCAACUGCUGGUGGUGUUUCGCAGAUAAAAUCAUUGGCGGGAAACCCCAUUGGAGGAGAAGACAUUCUGCAGAACACAAUUCGCCAUAUCGCUCCACCGAACGUGGAAGCUUCGAGUUUACUUCGUGUAGCAACGCAGGACGCGAUCCACAGGCUGUCUGAACAAGACAACGUUCAGAUCGAAGUGGAUUUGGGAAAUGGUAACAAGAUUUCCAAGGUUCUUGAUAGAUUGGAGUUUGAGGAAGUGAACCAGAAGGCUUUCGCGGAAUGCGAGAGACUUGUUGUGCAGUGUCUGCGAGAUGCGAAAGUCGAGGUUGGUGAUAUCGACGAUGUGAUAAUGGUAGGAGGGUGUUCUUACAUACCGAAAGUAAGAAACAUUCUCAAGAACGUAUGCAAGAAAGAUGAGAUUUUCAAAGGCGUGAAUCCCUUAGAAGCUGCGGUUAGAGGAGCUGCUCUGGAAGGUGCAGUGACUUCAGGGAUUCACGAUCCGUUUGGAAGCUUAGAUCUCUUGACCAUUCAAGCCACGGCUCUCGCGGUUGGAGUAAGAGCUAACGGAAACAAUUUCAUACCUGUAAUUCCUCGUAACACUAUGGUUCCAGCUCGGAAAGAUCUCUUCUUCACGACAGUUCAGGACAACCAGAAGGAAGCUUUGAUCAUUGUAUACGAAGGAGAAGGAGAGACAGUCGAAGAGAAUCAUCUUCUUGGGUAUUUUAAGAUCAUUGGGAUUCCGGCGGCACCUAAAGGUGUUCCAGAGAUCAAUGUUUGUAUGGACAUUGAUGCCUCGAACGCUUUGCGGGUUUUCGCAGCUGUGUUGAUGCCGGGAUCUUCGAGUCCAGUGGUUCCAGUGAUUGAAGUGAGGAUGCCAACGGUUGAUGAUGGACAUGGUUGGUGUGCUCAAGCUUUGAAUGUGAAAUAUGGAUCUGCUCUUGAUUUGAUUACUCUUCAGAGGAAGAUGUAA